GCGAAACUCGUGGUGUCAAAUGGCUUUGCUGCGAAUCCCAUCGGCGUGUAAUCGGUGAAAGAGCGAGGAUACGGCACUCGACCGCGUCCACGUUCACGCGAUCCUGUUUACGACCCGGCUGACGUUCGCGCCGCCGCCGGCCGAGCCGUGUCCGAGGGCGGCCGCGCGAUUCAAGGGUGGUCUCACCUUCCUGAAUUUCUUUUCCCCUGGUUUCGCUCGUGGACAGAACAAGGAGACACUAGCCUCUCUCUCGCCGCUUUCCUGACAGCACAUGCAGCUCCUCUCCAUUUGCCACAUUUUGGACCCGGACACCUAUAACUACUGCAUCGUCCUCUACACGCAUAACUGGGAAUCGGCUUUGGAACACAGCCUGGAUACUGAAGGAAGUGAAUCACACGCGUCGCCUGACACUCAUCGACUCCAACAAUUGCUUCUGUAGCUCCAUACAACAAGCAUAUCAGCAAUCCAUUGAUCACUGUGUAUGGGACGCGCAUAUUAGCCACGCUUAGCCAGUUCGUCGAUCAAUCAAGGGUACAACGAUAAUCUCACCGACGUGCGAUCGCUAUGUGCCACCUGUGGUGAAAUGUGAUGAAAAAAUUGAAGGUAAAGUUGGAAAGCAGCGAAACAUCAGGGACAUCAACGGGGCAUCAACAGGCGAUCGGGAUGGCGGGCGGAUUGAAUGCGACUGAUAGUACCGAUCCCGCUAAUCGGAUUUGUCGAGACUUUCUGAGAAAUGUCUGUCACCGCGGAAAGCGUUGCAAGUACCUUCAUGAACGUUCCGAGGACGAUCCCGUAGAGGAAUAUACCUUUUGCCAUGACUUCCAGAAUGGCAAGUGUAGCUGGCCAGGCUGCAAGUUCCUGCAUUGCACGGAGAGCGAGGAGAAGCGUUUCAGGGCAACCGGUGAACUGCCGCCUCACGUCCUCAAUCGAUCCAAGAUCUGCAACAAUGAUAAAUCGGAUCCGUUUUGCAAGGAUUUUCUGAAGGGCAGCUGCCAAAGGGUGAAUUGCAAGUUCAGGCAUAUGAAAAAGGAAGAACCGCAGCAUAAUCUAAUGUCGCCGUCGCUUCAUAACGCGUCCAGGCCGCAACACAACUUCAACGGCACUAGCAACGGCGGUGGUGUCAGUGGCGAUGGACGCAGAUACGAAGAGGAUAGAAACUUUCAUUGGCAACUGCAGGAUCAUCAUAACAAUUUGAUCGCUAACAACGGUGGUUACAACACGUCGCAUCCAACCGAUUACAUCGGACCGCCGGAGCCGAAGAGGCGAUUAGUAUCGGGCGAAGCGGUCGUACACUUCGAAGCCUCUCCAAUCGUAGGUCAGCAGCAUGCGACUCAACCGACAGUCACGCCAAGUUAUUAUUAUCCCGUGAUACCGCGUAAUGAAGCACGAGCCAUUGUACUGGAGGAUGAGAAUGCACUGUUGAGAAAGAAAAUAGAAGAGUUAAAGAAGCAGGUUAGCGACUUGACAGCGACGAAUGAGUUUCUGUUGGACCAAAAUGCCCAGUUGAGGAUGUCAGGCAAGCGAACCGCGAACGUAACGGCUGUAACAGUCCCGGCAGUCACGAUUACGAAUACGGUUCCGCCGUCGCAAGCUCCGACACCUCAACAAAUGGUCAACGCAGCCGUGGCAGCGGGUACUCUCCGAACAGUCACCGCCAGUGUGGCUACCGUUCCUGUGAGCAUCGCGACCGUAGCACCCGUCUCUAUCGCGGCGGUUUCUAUGGCACCAGUUUCGAUACCACCACCGAUCGUCACCAUGGCUCAACAAACUAUCUCGAUGAGCGGCUCUGGGCCUCCUCAGGCAACUAAUCAACAACCACCGAACACGCAACAACCCGCCAGUUUACCCUUGUCGAUAUCUGGUGCGACCGCGCCUCUCGUCUCUUACCCUAUUAUGACGCAAGAACUUAGGCCUGUCUUGCAAUAAAUGCGUCAUGAGAAUAGGAAAAACUUUUAUUUCUGAUAGAGGAUAUCUAUGUACACAUACGAUAUACUACCUACUCGGCUAUGUAGGCGAAUCAAGGAUCAUAAUGUGCAUCCAUCUUCCUCUAUGUGAAAUUGUACUUCCCUUACAAGUACAUUUGAAAGUACACACAGAAGAUAGAAAUCAGCGGCUGUGGGAUGAUGCAGUGUAUCACCGUAGUAAAUAGAUACAUUUGUAUUGAUGUAAUAUUUAUUAUUUUUCCAAAUCUUUUUACAUUCUAUUAAUUUGUGCAAAGAUUGAAUCAAAGAAAACAAUUGUUUAAUUUAAAACCAUUAUUUGAUUAUAUCAUUUUUCUUUCAUCUCUUCGUGUGUAUGUUUGAAUAUGUAAAAUAUAAUUACUUUCUCUCUGUGAAUAGCGCGAUAAGAAUAUACGAUAAUAUACAAUUAUGCAAUAACAAUCGUCGAUCGACAGCUAUAUAUAUGUUCAAAGUGUGUAUAAUUGUAGAAUAACAGGAAUGACAAUCUAUAAUUACGAGGUAUAAUUACGUCAUGACAUUAUGUUCCUUUAAUAUGUUCUCUUUUCUUUUAUUUACGUUAUAUAUAUCAUGUGUAGUAUCAUAUUAAUCUCAUCUCUGUGUAAAGCUAAAUUGGAGAAUAGUAACAGACAGAGCACCGACGAAAAAAUUGUAAAAUGAAGGAAUAUAAUUAAGGGAUAUCUCUUAAAUAAUAUGUUAACGUAAGUACAAAGAAGCUUGGAAGAAAGAAUAUAAAUGUAAUAUAUUUAAAAAAAAAAGAUAUCUAAUAUAGAGAAGAGGUUCAUGCUUUAUUGGUCCAGAUUUGCAGAAUCUUACUAUUCCGUAUGGGAUAUUGUACAUAACAUAUUCCAUUGCCCCUUUAUUUACCAAGAGUAAUUUUGUACUUCUACUUUAAUUAAGAAAAUUGGUUUUAUAUAUAUAUAUAUUUCCAUUAAAUAAUAUUUUAAUUAAGUACUUAUGGAAUUCUUUCCAGUUUCUAUAAUUUACUUAAACAAGCAGCUUUUUAUUAGAAUGAUUAAGUAAUUUUAAAUUUACAUUUAUAUCAAUAUGAAUGUAUAAAAUACACAUGAUAUUACAGGAAAUUACAGUGUGUAAAAAAAUGCGCUGUACACCAAAUGAGUAUGCAUCUGAUUUUAAAUCAUGUUGUUAAUCAUGACUCGACAUUUGUAUAUAUUUUGCGAUAGUUAACAUAAGAAAUUGAGCACUAUGUACUCGCGUAUUUUAUAUAUGCAUACAAAUGUAUAAUCUUUUACGUAUAAAUUUAUGUUAAAAAGCACUUUAUUAAAAAAGAAGAAAAGACGAACGUGAUUUUUAUCCUCAAAUACUUGCGAACGCGAGAUAUCCAUGUGACUAACAAAGUUGUUGCAAAUUUCAGUUUUUCAUUAUCGAUUAAAUAAAAAAAUUUUUUAAAGAAUGCUAUCUUAGAGAAAAGUCUAACAAAGUCUACAACAGUAGUAUAUAUUACUCGGUUUUUAUUUACAUUUAUCAUUACAUAACUAUUUGCAUCUAGUUUGAUAAAUGCAUUGUUAAUUAUACAACUCAUUUACAAUCGCAUUUUUAUAGACGAUGAAAAAGUACCUUGUAGCGCUAAUUAUCAUCAUAACAAUUGUACUAGAGCUGUUUGAUCGAGUGCUCACUAUGUAUCUCUUUUGGCAAAUUCGAUUGGAAGCGCACUCAUAUAUAAAAAUAUUAAAGCCGUUGUAUACUGAUUUAAUUUAAGUAUAAAAGUGAAGAGUGCGAGUGUAGUGUAGCAGACAGCGCACUGGUCUGAAAAAUCCCGGGUUUGAUCUUCGAUAGAACCGAAAAAUUUUUAUACAUUUGUAGCUCCUCUCGGAAGGCAACGGCAUACCAUCGAGUAGUAUACUUGAAAUCUCCCUACUAAAAAUUUGCCGUUCGAAAUCAGCGUUUAAACUGUAAAUCCCCCCAUAUAUGUUGUAUAUAAUCAAUGUGCGCGUAAAGGUAUAUGAGAGGGAAGCGCCUGAGUGUAUGGCACUUAAAGAAGAAUAAAAGUGAAAUGCAAAUA